AUGUCUACUUCAAGAGAUAAGCUAGUGAAGGUCACCGGUGCACGCAGGUUGAACAUCUCUGCAAGUGCAGCUGGCCGAAUGAGCUUUUCUCUUCCCGGUGCUAUUCCGGAAGAUGAAUGGAGCCCACCAGCAGUUGUAAGACAGAGUACCAUCUUGUCUGAUUCAACUGGUGAGCACGUGACUGGCAGCAGUGCACAUGGUGUUCAACGGAGGUUGAACAUCUCUGCACCUGCAGCCAGGCGCGUGUGGGAGGAUGAGAAGUGGAGCCCAGAAGUUGUUAGACAGAACACCUUGUCUACAUCGGCUCAUGGGCUCAUGACUGGCAGCAGUGCACGUGGUGUUCAACGGAGGUCGAACAUCGCUGCACCUGCAGCCAGUUACACGAGAUUUACUCUUCCUGGGGCUAUAGAGGAGGAGGAGGAGGAGGAGGAGGAGUGCAGCCCAGAAGUUGGUAGACAAAACACCAUCUUGUCUACCUCAGCUCAUGGGCUGGUGACUGGCAGCGGUGCACGUGGUGUUCAACAGAGGUUCAACAUCUCUAGACCUGCAGCCAGUCACAUGAGGUUAGCCGUUCUUGAGGCGAUAGAAGAGGAGGAUGAGGAGUUGAGCCCAGAAGCUCAUGGACUCAUGGCUGGUAGCGGAGAACGAGACACUCAAUGGAGGUUGUCUGUCUCUUCAUCUGCAGCUGAUCAAGAGUCUAUUGUGUCUUCUGAGGAUUCAGAACACAACACAACACACACAAUGGAUUUUAGCAGUCGAGGAGAAUCUGAUGAAGAUGGAGAUGAUGAAGAUUUCUCAGUAGCAGCACCUUAUCCUGUUGACCCUGCUAAUGACACACAAGUUGAACCAUUUGGAUCAAGACCAACUCCUAAUUGGUCUUUCACUUCUCGAUAUGAAGUGUUGCCAAACUGGUUGCUUGGAUCAGGGAGAACAGGAAGGAUUUUUGCUGCGAUUCGUUUAUCUGAUGGUGAACAGGUUGCGGUCAAAUGUGUAUCAAAAGAUAAAUAUAACAGCCGAAGAUCGCCUGACUUACGCCCACCCGUGCCACAAGAAAUCGCUAUGAUGUUGGAACUGCAAUGACACCCUCCCCUGUGCUCUCGCGUGAUACGUAUGCACGAGUGGUUUGAAUUUCCAGAUGGAUACAUCGUCGUUUAUGAAAUGUUGCCACAUCCCUGGAUGAGGCUGGACAAAUUCUUCGAAAAACGAUCGGAUCAGCGAGAGAAUGAUUAGAAACUUAUUUCGUCAGUUGGUGUUAGCCGCCAAAUAUUGUUGGGAGCACAGGGUGUACCGUUUAUUUUCUUACCAAGAAAAUAUAAUGGUUAACAUCAAGACCAUGAAGUAAGCUUUGUGGCUUUGGUGGAGGGCGUUUGGUUCCUGUUAGUUCCUGUGAACCGCAACUGAUGGAUCCAGAGACUGACAGCAGACCGGCUAGGCAGCUGACCCCUCUCAUGGCAUUGAGAAGUGUUUUAAACUUCAUGGUUAACUACAACGAGACCCAUACUGAUGGAAAUCUCGCUGUAUCUGACGAAUGCUGUGAACUCUGCCAUCAUUUAGCGGUUUAUCGUUUCCAUGACACAUUUGACUGAAUCCUAAGACAUCCAUGGAUGGCACAAGAUGAAUGGUCCUACACAGGCUGGCCAGUCACAAGAAUUUCUUUGUGAAGAAAAACACUGAUGCUUAAACGCACCAGUCCCAGUGCCAUCCGAAAUCAAGCCUGAUGCUUUGGAUUCCAACCUGUUUAACAGAUAAUUCUGUCAUAAAUUGAAUUUUUGCACUUGAGUUUCAAUCCUUACUAUCUUUUAGUAUUUUAGUAUUUAGUAGUGUUUUUAGUUUCUUGUUUAUCUUUUGUUAAUAAAUUCCAACUUUUGUAAUUUUUACAACUGUGUCUUCCUUGUGUUGAUAAUACAGUUAAAGGUUCUACAAGUUAGCCAGAAUCUCACAAAACCCUUGAGAUAAGGAACAUUGCACAGAAUCGGUGCCAUUUCUGUCCCAAUGACAUUAUAAUGCAAAACUAACUCUAAAAUACAUUUUAUUAUUAAUCAAAGUUUCCUGUAUGUUAAUCUAACACCACAUUUAAGCUGUCAUUUAAAACAUUAAUAAAAACUACUUGGAACACUGAAAAACAGCAUUUUAUAUCCGUCCCUGUUUUUAUCUCUGUACUUUACCUUUAAAUAUAAAGCAUACAAUUCUUCAGAUAUCUUUAUUUUUUUAUGUGGGUCCAUAUCCCAUAUUUGCUUUAAAUAUUUUUUACCAUUGGAAAAGUCAUAUUAUUUUAGAUAAAAUAUCCCCAGGAUUUCACUCAGUCCUGUUACCCAACACAUUUCCCCCCUCUGAAAAUCUAGGAUUAUUCUACAAGUCAGUUUUUUAAGAGGAAGUGACAUUGGUGUGAAUUCUGUGGAAUGGGUGAAUCCUUUAAAAUGUAUAAAUGUCCCAAAUGGCACACUCCAGAGUUCCUCAGAGUCCACACUUUGAUGACAUCAUGUAGUGCAGUCCUUAGGGACCACGAGGGCAGACAGGAGUCAUAUUUUGGGGUAAGACUCGAGCGCCUAAGUGUCAUGGUUCUGCCAUCUUAUCCUUUGGUUAAUCUAGUCUUGGGGCAGGAUCAUGACAGGCCAAUGUUUUGUGUGGGAUCACGUGUUCUUAGUAUGGGUUUUACUAGACCACGUGUUCCCGGUGUCUUAUCACUUUUACCACGCUCCCUUGUCACCCUCAUUGUUUAAUCCAUGUCACCUGUUGUAUUCAUUAGUUCUCCCCUAUUUAAGGUCUUUGUGUUUGUUACUCUGUGCCUGUUCAUUGUUGUACCAUGUGUUGUGUCGUGCCUUGCUUCAUCUGUGUGAGUACUUUGUCAGUUUAGUCUAGAUUAUCCAGUGUUCUGUUAUUUUAUUGUUCAGUGUUACCUAGUUUAGUGUCCCAUACCCGUUUUGGCAAUCUGCACCCCACCUCCCCUGCCAAUUCCUGGACCGGUACACCACACACAAUUUACUUUUGGUUUACUGUACAUGUUUAUAGUUUUGUUGUAUGCUAAUGUAUGCAACAGUAAUAUUUGGCCUCAUAAAUAUUUUCUGUUUCUACAUUGCAUUGGUGUUUCCGGUGUACUUGUUACCCCUCUCAGCAGAUUCAUUUCACUGUAGAACAUUGUAUUGAAAUGUAGAUAUAAGCCCAUGAAAGACCAAAGAGCUUUAGAUUUAGAACAGCAGUGUUUAGAUGGGAUAUCCAAAAAUGUAUUAUUAUGAAAGAAGUGUUUGCCAUUUGAUGCAAAUGCUUGAUUCUGACAUGUGUUUGUGGCAUUUUGAAUGCAGUGUUGCAUUUUGAAGGAGAUGUGAGCUACUUUGCAUUUUGUGUGUGCAGUUUUGAGAAUUGUGUGUAGAGUUUUGAAAAAAAGAGACUUAGUUUUGAAAACGUGUGUAAGCAAUUGUUGAAAACUGUAAGUGUGUUGUUACAAUGUACAAUAAACAUGUAUUUUUCUGUAAGCAGAUCUCCUGGAUGUUGUGUUUUCCAUUUUUUAAGGUAGUGUCUAAUGGCUGCUUUGUAGUGUUUUAUAGAUUUAUGUGUGUAUGAUUUGAAAGCUAAGUUUGAUUUUGAGUACAAGUGAAAUGGUUUUGAAGGAAUUGUUUGAUUUUGCUGGAAGAGUCAAGGGUUCUGUAAAUUUUGUUUGAAAUUGGGAUUUGUGUUUAAGG